GCCACCUAUUCUUUUCCUCUCUAUCUCCACUUUCCCAGAAAGACAAAACUCAAUACAAACAAGGACAAGAAGACAUGGAAAAUGGGAUGAAGAAGCAACAGGGGUUUGGAACGAAUGGCGAAGAGCCUGAAACGCCGACCAAUAUCACCAUCAAAGGCAUUCUGAGCUUGUUAAUGGCCAGUAUUGAUGGGGAAGACAAGAAGCGUGUAAUUUCUUUGGGUAUGGGAGACCCAACUGCUUAUUCAUGCUUUCACACUACUGCUAUUGCCGUAGAUGCUGUUGUCGAUACUCUUCGUUCUGAUAAAUUCAAUGGCUAUGCGCCCACCGUUGGUCUUCCCCAAACCAGAAAGGCGCUUGCUGAAUAUUUGUCCCAAGAUCUUCCAUACAAGUUAUCACCUGAUGACGUGUAUGUCACAGCCGGUUGCACACAAGCAAUUGAAGUGACACUAUCAAUUCUAGCUCGGCCUGGUGCAAAUAUCUUAAUUCCUCGACCAGCAUUCCCAAUCUAUGGGCUUUGUGCUGCAUUUAGACAUAUUGAAGUUCGACAUUACGAUCUCCUCCCAGAGAAGGGAUGGGAGGUUGAUUUCAAAGCUGUUGAAGCUCUUGCAGAUUAUAACACUGUUGCAAUGGUAAUUAUAAACCCCGGGAAUCCGUGUGGCAAUGUCUAUAGUUAUCAACACCUCAAGGAGAUUGCUGAAACUGCAAAGAGACUUAAUAUUCCUGUUAUUGCUGAUGAAGUUUAUGGGCACCUGGCUUUCGGGGGUAAACCAUUUGUGCAAAUGGGAGUUUUUGGAUCAAUUGUCCCAGUUUUCACUCUUGGAUCUUUAUCAAAGAGAUGGCUAGUGCCUGGUUGGCGGCUUGGUUGGUUUGCAACAAAUGACCCAAAUGGCAUCUUCAAAAACCCCAAGAUGGUUGAGCGCAUUAAGAAGUACUGUGAUAUUUGUGGGGGUCCUGCAACCUUUAUCCAGGCAGCAGUUCCGCGAAUUAUUGAGCAAAGCGAAGAAGUUUUCUUCAUGAGAACCAUCAACAUUCUGAAGCAGAGCUCAGAAAUUUGUUGCAAUAAGAUAAAAGAGAUCCCUUGCCUUACUUGCCCCCAAAAACCACAGGGAUCCAUGGCUGUAAUGGUGAAGCUGAACCUUUCCCUGCUGAAGGAUAUUAGUGAUGAUAUUGACUUUUGUUUUAAGUUGGCCAAAGAGGAAUCCGUGAUCAUCCUUCCAGGACUUGCAGUGGGUCUGAAGAAUUGGGUCCGCAUCACUUUUGCUGUUGAGCCAUCCUCUCUUGAAGAAGCUAUGGCAAGAGUGAAGUCCUUCUAUCAGAGGCACUCCAUUUAACAAAACCAAUACUGAUGUUCCAAGUUGGCAAUAAAGCAGGCGCAACCAGCACACACUGUAAUUAAUUACUCAUUGCAUCAUAGGUUAAAAAAGCUCGAUUGUACUAAUUACCAUUUAAUCUGCGGAUUACAUUCAAUAAUUCACAAUCUCUGUUAAACAAGGCAGUAUUAUACGAAAACUUCAUUCCAUAUGUUAUAUAGAUCAUGGGAUAGAAGUUUCUUGCUUAUAUAAGUUUGAAACAUAGAUAUAAAUUUCCUGAUCAUGUUGUAAGAGGGGCAGAAUUCUAGAAUCUCCUAAGCAUUUUAGCAGCUGGUGCCUUGGUUUAAUCUUCAGAUUUGUGUUUGUUACCAGCAAUAAAUUUCUGUUAAAGUGCUGAUCUUUUUACCAGAAAUAUUCCAUUCCAACAAGAUUGGGUUUUUUCUGUUCAAGUCUUGAAAUUUUGUUUGAAAGUUGAGUGGCCGUUGGAACUUGUCUUAUGUAGUGUUCUUGGCUCUGUGCAAAUGAGA